AAGAGAGGCGGGACCUCGCAGCCGGGAAGGGCGUUCUCUUUGCGGUCAGACAGGGCAGAGUCAUCCCGAGGGGUGGGUCCUCCGGCAGCAGUAAAGGAAAACCCACCUUUUUUCAUUGUUAAGGACGCGGUGGAAUGUGAUGGUUUGAUCUCAAACGGACCAGGGAGGGGAAUAUCUGAGAGGAAAGAACUGACGAAAGUGAUUUAGGGAACGUGGGAAGCCAAAAAACGCAGUCCCCCCUGUCGCCUCAACUCUCUGGUUGUAUCUGAGAAUAUGUGGAUGAACUUGUUCUCGCCGUGUCGGCAGCAGCGAGUCCUACCGUCCGCAUGAGCUCAAACCGUGUGAAGUUGUGGAUUUACCGCUGCGUUUUUCUGACCCGGCGGUGGACCAGCUAAGGAUGGAGACUUUGUGUAGAGGAGCUUAACAUGCGACCGCCAAAAGGAUCUAAAAUAUGACAGAUUUGUCUGCUAAACACCACUCUGAGGGAACUUCAAAGUCUUAAGGUGACAGUGACCGAUAGACUGCUGAGAGGAAAGGGUAUUUCCCCAAGAACCUAAAGGACGUGAUAACACUACCACACAAAUGUGGACCUCCCAAAACAUUGUCAUCAAAUAAUCUGGAAAAAAAAAAAACUAAAGAUAUAACACAAAGUUUUUUGUAGCCAUGUCUGACCAUAAAGACAUGACACAUCGCCACCUGCGGCACAAGCUACAGAGUCUCAGUCGAAGACUGGAUGAACUUGAAGAAGCAACCAACAAGCUGCAGAAGUCUGAGGAUGAGCUACUUGACCUGCAGGACAAAGUCAUCCAGGGAGAAGGCAGCAACUCAGCCCUGCUUGGAGAUGUGGAGGACCUGAGGAAACGUCUCCUAAAGAUCCAGGGUAAGGAUGAGGAGGUGCGCAAAGCUGAGGAUCUCUGCCGCACAGUCAGAGAGAAACUGGAGGAAGAGGAAAGCCUGACACAGGAGCUAAAGGCAGAGAUUGAACGUCUACAGCGGAGGAUGGCCGAACUGGAGAAACUGGAAGAAGCUUUUGGGAAAAGCAAGUCUGACUGCAGCCAGCUCUGUCUAAGCCUCAAUGAGGAAAAGAACUUGACCAAGAAGCUCUCGUCUGAGUUGGAGACCCUCAAAGCACGUUUGAAGGAGGUGGAGGGAUCUGAGACGAAGCUAGACAGAGCAGAGCAGGCUUUGGCUAUGGAGCUUGAGAAACUGAAAGGAUUCACCCAGACCUUUAUGAGUGAGCGUAAGAGGCUACUGGAGAAGCAGAGGGAAGACGAGAAGAUCAUUCUCAAGCUGACAGAAAAAUUGGAGCACCAGAAAAAUCGCCUUGGCGUGUCAGCAGACCCUGGCCGUGCAGAUUUCAUGAGGUCACGAAUUGAGGAUCAGCUUUCAUCCACAGUGCCCCUCACAGGUAAACUGGCUGGACGGAAGAAGAGCCUUGAGUACUUGAAGUUGGCUGAUGACAACAUCGGUCUUGAAAACAAAUCUGAGAAUGAAAAGAACAGCGGCCUUGAAAGCUUGCAGGAAGACAACAAAGUAAAGGAGCUGACACAGGAAGUAGAGAGGCUGAAGAACCGCCUUAAACAGAUGGAGAUAGUGGAGGAGGAUCUAAAGAACUCCGAGUCCAAAAAUGGUGAACUUCAUGAGAAGUUCCAGAUGGAACAAAACCGGGCUCGCCAACUGAGCGAGCAGGUGGAACAGCUCAGGACGCAGCUGUGCGGAAAAGGUGGAAUUGGAAGAAAUGGAACCAGUAAUGUGGAUAAACACGGCAAUGGGAGCACUAACAUUAGCCCCAACAACCCCGCCAAGGUCCUGGAGAAUGGCAAAGCUGAGAAUGAAGAGAUUAUUGUGAAGGGAGGUUUCAGACAAGAUAAGCCCAAAUAUAGGAGUGCUGCAACUGUCUCAGAGCCGAGUUCCCCCAAACACAGGAACAGGGAGCUCUCUCCUCAGCAUAAGAGAGAGACCAAGCUGAGGAGCAAAGAUCACAGCCACUCAGAGGAGAUCUCUCCUAAGUCUGUGAGGAGACCUCUCAGUCCUGCUCACAAGAGUAGAAGGACACCCAAAACCCCAAAUACUGCAAUUUCAUCUAAUAAUGGAAUAAGAGACACAGGACGAGGAAAUGAGGAAAAGACAAGAGGAGCCAUGUCCUGCUCUGUAAACACAUCCUCUACUGAUAUUAAGAAAGCACCUGUUCUUAGUCGCUACCCUCCAGCAGCUAAUGACCAGAAGCCACUGAGGACAGCUCACAAACAGACAGAUGGAGAGAAUAAAAAGAGCAGAGUAGAAAAGUAUUCCAAAUUGUACGUAGGUAGUGAUAGCGAAUCAAACAACUCUGACGUAGUGCCUGACAGUGCCAGUAACAUCAACAGUAUCUCUGCUUUAGAGAAGGACACAGCGUCUGCCUCAGAUCAGGAAUCAACAGACCAAGUUCAGGAAUCUGUCUCUGCGUCUGCCGCCUCCACCCUGUCCAAAGCCAAUGGAUCCUACACAGCCUACAGAUCCCGCAUUACUCCAUUGUUGCCCAACGACCAGGGAUCAGAGGGUCAUUCAUCUGCCUCCGAAACAGAAUCUACUGGUUCAAGACCCUCUGAACCAGAGCCUGUUACUGAGACGACGACUACUACAACAAGCCUAAGCAGUAGGACUCCAACCUCCAGAUAUCCCAGAAACUCCCUUGUCCAUGACUCACAUUCAGAGGGUUCUUCUUCCCGGAGCUCGUUUGAUGAGGAGCUCCACAACAGACCACUGUUAGCUGAGGGAGGCCAACAGGGGCCCACGCAUACUGCGUCAGGGAUUGAGAUCCAGCGAGUGUGCAGCCCACGGGAGGCGCUGAGGUCAAAAGCUGUCAUCAAGCCUGCGAUUGUUGAGAUUGACAGGAAGGAAGUGAUGAUUUCAGAACCUUUGUCUACAAAUGGCAAACCCAGAAUCUCCACCAAACCUAUGGUGACCACCACAAGUAAAAUGACCAGUAGUAUAACCAUCUACCCCAAUGACCCAAGCUCUUCCAGAACGAGCAGUCGCAGCAGCAGUGUGUCCAGCGAACCUGUGGCGAUUAAAGAACGCCACACCUCCACCAGUAACAUCCUCAUAGGCCCCAGCAGUGAUCACCAUGGCAGUAUCUCCAUCCCGUAUGAGAUCUCCAUUCCUAAGAGCGAGAUCACCUUGCGGCCGUGCCUGGACCAGGACUGUGGGCCGGACGAAAGCAGUGAUUCCUCAUCAAAGUCCAAACUCCACAACCCUUCCAGAGUGGAGACCACCACCAGCCACCUGUGUUGCCAACGCAGCAACAUCAGCCUCCAGUCCCCGGACACCACUUCUGCAGACUUUAACGACACAGAGUCGGGCUUCGAAAGCAGCAGCAGCACCACCACGUUCACCAGCUGGAGACACCAAAGACAAGGCCAUCACUCCCAAGACGAUAGUUUACCAGACAUGAAGAAUGUGACUAUGAGAAGCACCUGGAAGAACCGCGGCACUUCGUCAGUGGAUGAGACAAGACGGGGAAGAGGGGGUGCAAGAACGAUGGCUGAUGGUGGGUCGGAAGACGAAGCAGAAGCCGCAACAACAUGGAGGGCUUACCGGGCAACCACCAUCGAUACAGAAGAAAUGAUUCACAGUGGAACAGGAGCUGGUGGGAAUGCUGAGGCACAGAAGGGAGCCAAGCCAUCCCCUGCAGAGGUGUACAUGCGUAGAAUCAACAGUGUGGUUACUAACCCCAGAGAAGUUGAGGAACCAGCGCUUCGCCGAGGCAGACAGUCACAGUCUCCCACCAUGGAAGCAAGGGGCCUGGGAAGGACCAUACCCCAUGCACCUGUUACCUCUCAGUCCUGGGCCCGAUCCUACACACAGGAACCACAGGCUGCUGAUAGUGUAGAGCCCAGUCCAAACCCGAGCCACAGCCCAGCCUCCUGGAGGCGGCAGCUACCCAGCAGCGACUCUCACCACCUGGGGAGCUCUUAUGACCGGGCAUCCAAGACAGCAGGGGCCUCCUCCAGAGGGGAUCUGUGGUCCAGUCGGGGUCAGGGGUCAGGGGCCAGAGCAGAGGGGAGGAGUGGAGCGGGGAGCAGACCGUGGAGCCAUCGCCACUCUGAGCAUCAUUAGACCAGCUGGGUCUGAGCAGGACUUCUACAGCAAGAGGACAGCACUCCAUUAAGCUCUCAAUGGCACAAGGAAGGCCAAACAUCAAUCUCCCAUCAACUAAUGGCUUCUACCAUCUCCAAAAGUCAACAUCUACAGCUUUUAUAGCAAGUAAAGCAAAGAAAAAUAGCAGUUGCAGCCAUAUAGAACAACAAACCACAGACCUGACAUCCUUACUCUGACCCUAAAUGUUCGCUGAGAUGUGAACAGCUCUUACUAUCCGGACGUUUCUCUGUCCCAAAAGAGGCAUGAAUGGAAAGACAGUGCCUGUACAGUGUUUUGGAGGUUGCCUCACCAGCCCAUGUAUCCUCUUCUGCUUCUCGUGUUGGAUGUAUUAUAGUGUAAUCCCGAAACUUGACAAGGGAGAGGUUGGCAUGCUGGGGACGGCUGGGGAUUUUUCUGCGUGCCAGAGGGUUUAAAGAGAGUGAGAGGAAGAAGGACUCCAACGUUUAGAAUGCCUUUUCUCAGAGGACCAUUACAGUGACCUCAAUGGAUAUAUAUCGCUUCUACGUCAGAAUUUCAACCUUUCUCCAUCACUGAAAAAAAACAACCCAAUAUUCAAUCAACAGCAGUGCAAUGUUUAAGAUGCAUUUUCAUCUCACAGGGCUGGAUCUUCAUGCAGAAUUCUUCACAAACUAAAGGAUCUUUUACCUUUUUAAUGUGACCAAAAACAGGAAGCGAACCCAUCUAUGCGGACUCGUACCAUGAUAUUUACUUUUGCUUUGAAGGCCAUAUGUGCUUUUUUCAGAUUUUCUCACACAUACAAAAAAAAAUACACAAAACCAUACAAACACAUGCUCAUUUUUAAGUUUUGAUUCAUUUUUAAGCUGUGUCACCACUUUCUGGCAUGCAGCCUCAAACUGGAUUUAAUUUGGGGUCUUAGAUGUUGAGCGAACAUUUGCAUGUUUCUAAGUUUAAAAAAAAAAAAAAAAAAAAAAAGAGCACUUGAAAGAUUGUGACUCAGCAUGCACUCUGCUUAAAUGAUUGCUGGUUGGCUGCAUUUAAGGAGCACCAACACACCGGGACCUUAUUUAUGCUUUUUGCCAUUUUCACCAGUUAUUUAGAUUCUUUGUAAUUCGCUUCCUGUUCUGCAUUAUCCUUUUUCCUUUCUGCUCAACCAUAUCAAAACAAAAAACAUAGUUUGCACGCAAUAAAAUGCAAUGCACAUGUAGAAAAAAAGAAUUGGGGUAGGGGGGGGGGGGAGGGCAUUGUUUAUAACCUCAUCCAUGCUACAAUUUCCAUGGUGCUUUGUUUUACAGCUGUUGCAAUUGUCCUCAUUCAUGUAUUUUGACAGAGCCAUAGUAAAAUGGAGUUUCUGUUUUAACUGAACAUUGGACUUGAUAUUACCAGCAAACCUGGCCUGGUGAGGCGGACAUUUUGUCCGUGCUGCUGUAAAUACUGUGUACAUGCGAGCCAGUCAUUGGAAGACCCAAGACUCCCAAACACAAGGAACUGACAGCUUGUAUGUGACUGGGUUCGCCGUGCGAAUCGUCCCAGCUUAUUUCCAUUUCUUAUUUCUAUAGAGGUGUACUAUUUUGUUACAUCAUAAAAUAUCAACUUGUGGUUGGUAUUUUGGAACAAUCUCUCAUUGGAGGGUGCCACUGCAGCAAUGGGGGUGCCAUAGAAACCAGUUUCCAGUAAUUGAAAUAAGGUGUUUUUCAUUGAGGUAAAUGGUGCAAAUCUAUGACCGAAACCAAUGUCAGUCUUUUAACAGGUUCCUACAUUUAUUGCAGGCGAUGUAAACUUUGAUCCCACAACAAAAUGUAUGAAUUGAAUGGAGCUUAGAAUGACCAAUUGCGUGAUGGCUUGAUGCACCAAUCCAACAACAACUGCAUUCUUUGUUUAUCUGACAAGAUCAUGUAACCAUAACUGUGACAACUUGGGACACAUGAAAUCUGUUAAAGAACUUGGGACUUUUAAAGCUCCAUCUGGUUCCUCUGCUGUUAUGGAUUUUAAUGCUGUGUUGUGUCGGACCCUGCUGGGGAUGGCCUGUUUUAGUCAGUGCAUUUCUCAGUUCUCCAGUAUUCUACCAGCCACCAUCUAGCUGUACUAUUUAUUAGUCUCCAUACAUGUACAGCUUCUUUUAUUGUGAAGAAGUCUGCUGGGUGGCAGGAGCCCAGUAUGUCGCAGCUUUGUCACUUUACUGUUUAUGCAGCAGGAGAUUAAAUGUAAUCAAUAAACUGUCGUCCCAUGCAUUGUAAGUAAUCAUGCUGUACAUACAGAUCGGUGAUAACUUUCUAACUAAAAUGUUUGUUUACGUUCAGAAUGCACAUCUUCAAAAUGUUCGUUUCCAUUACUUUUAGCCAGAAAAAUCGACAGAAUGUUCAUCUGUGCCUUGAGAUAAUGUAAGGGAGGUAGAUUUUCCCAACAAAUUUAGACUUGCACCAUAUUCUUAUUCUCGCUGUGCAUAUAAAUGACAUGCAAUUCUGAUCGUGAGGUUCAGGUUUUUUUUUUUUUACUUUUAUUUGUUCUCCUUUAGGUGAUCGUUGUAUGGAACAUCGUAAAAGUAUUUUGGUUAAAGUAUGAAAAGAGGUUCUCGGAGGGAACUCCUCCCUGAGGGAUGUCAAAGCAAGGUUCCCUGAGAAAAAGCUUCUUCUUUUUUUUAACCCAACUUCAAAGUACCCCUUUAAAGAAUAUAGACCGCACUGCCCAAAAUCUAUGUCCUUUGGAUUUGUCUGUCAGAGUCGCAGGGUGCAGCGCAGCCUCAGAAAGGAUUGCCAUGUGGCCUUUUCCUGGCCACUGCUGGCUUUAUGAUGGAGCAAAAACAGACCAGACAUACUGUUCAGAGCUCUCAGUGCACAUGCCAAGACUUGAUGACCAUAUAGUCUAUCUAUGCUUUCUCUGUUACUGUUUCUACUACCACUCAAACAUUACCAAAAGGGAAUGCCAUCUUUUUCCCAAUCUCUCAUCUUUUCAACCGAUUCCAAUUUUCCUUUUAGUAUUUUAGAGAAGUCAAGUGUCCCUCCCUCCCCCUUUCCUCUCUUCCUCCUUCUUCCUCUGUUUCUGUGCAUCUUUCUUGGAUUCACAUUUCCGAAAGGGAAAGCCGCGUCCUAAGGAGUGGUGAUAUGUGUUGUUAGUUCAGAGGGUUGUUUUAUUGAAGGCCAAAGGCCUGUCACCAGAUUGUGAUGGGCAGCUCCCUGGGUAGCUGGAAGGUCAGAGGUCAGGGCUGCAUCUUAUCCUGUCUCUUCGUCUUGACUCAGGGCUUCUAAAUACAGGAGAGAGGAAGACCGACAGCUUGGCAGGGAUAUCCACUUAGGGAUAAUUAAAACAGACGAAGGUAUCGAAUGUCCAGUUCUGCCUGCGCUCUUGCUGCCGGAGAUAGAUGUGGUGUGGUCAUUCGUCGGUGUGUGUUGUUAUUAAUAUGUCAGUGAGGGCUCACGUUUUAAAGCUGGCCAUGUGAACUGGUGUGUUGUAAGCUGCUGCAGAUCCCCAAGUAAGAAGUUGCUGACUGAUAAAUGUGCACGUCUAGAGCCGGAGAUUGUUUAUUUUUUAUCUUUUGAAGCAGAUCACUGUGGGUCAGGAUUACUGUAUAUAGCAACUCAGUGAUGCAAGUGCUAACAUGAAUGCCCUCCUCAACCUUUAUCCUGCCUUACUUCCCCCAUGUGUCACCUGUUUCCCUCCGCUCAAUAAAUAAUAGUCUACCAUGCAGACAAUCCUCCAGUUUCACCAGGAGGACUUUCUGCAUUCUGCGCAACCUCUAUCAUUUGUCUCUUUCACUUUCCUUCAUUCUUUAACCUUUCUUACCUUCUGGUCUUAAACCUGUCUUUCACCCUGAAGAAAGCACUUGAGUCUGGGGUCCCAGGAAGGGCCCAGCUGUCGGAAACUGUAGGUUUUAUGACGCGUUGGAGGGUUUCCCUCCUGGAGACCGGCUUCAAAGAAAGCAGGGCUUUUUAAAGUGCAAAGUUGAAACUCCAUCCUCUGCUAUGCAUGAUGCCUUUCUUCCUUACAAGGCCCCAAAGUACACUAACACCGACUGUACAUCCACUCUGUCCACUGAAGCCUAGCUGGACACUGUGUGCCAGGAUGAAUACCAGCUUCUACCUAUAUGGGUUUUGGGCUACAUGCCACUCAUAUUAUAGCUCUUAUUUGUUGCUUCCAGUGACGUGAGCCUGUAUAGUGUUGACAUGGUGGAAUGUACAGACUGGUCAUCUGGGACUCAAGUGAAGACUUUACAGGUUUCAAGACUUCUAUGGUUUUUGUGGCGCUAUAAAGAAACCGCUGGGGGCUGUUUCUGAGGUUUUGUCGGUUCCUCUCCUCCCUGAAUGAUGGCAGAACAUUUAUUGAAUGACAGAAUCUGUGUGAAAGCUGCUGCUGGAGCAAAAAUAUUUAGGACAUGGCUGCGAAUGAUACGAAAGCGAAUUCCUACAAGGACAUGAGGUGGUUAAGCAGUGGAGAGAAAAGCGUCUGCUUCCGCUUUCCUGCUCAAAUACCAACUAAAGCGUUAGCAGAAAUCCUCUUAAGCUCUGGUGGUGUAUGUAUAAACAUCCGUUAUUUACAAGUCAUUGUUUUUUCCCUUUUUAUAAAGUAGACUAGAAUGUACUUAGUAGAGAUUAGAGUGGCAAUGCAGAAAUGGCUCUUAGGCAGCGAGCAGGCCCUUGUCCUCAAAGGCCUCCAUUGUAAAGCCAGGGUCAUGGUGUCAUUGGGUGGCGUAGGCUGUAAUCUGCACUUAACCAGCACUUAACUUUAAGACCUCAAACGACUAAUGCCCCCUUAGUCAAAAAGUUUCCUCUGUUGUGUCCCAGAAUUGUACUUUAACUCUGUUUUAGUAGCCGUUUUGCUGAAUGUGCCACAGACAGAUGUGUUUUUGCACCAGCCAAGUUAGAGUAUUUAAGAAUCAUCUCACAAGUUAAAGAAAGGAAAUUGGCAUGCACUCAGUGGACGAAAUGAACAUAUCUUUUGAGGUAUGGCACCCUGUUAUGCCUGCAUCUCAGCCUUCUAACAUUGUGCCAAAAUCAUUCCACAGUAUUUCCAGUUUACAGUUAGAGACAGUGCUAAUGCUUCCCCAGGUGGUCACCCUGUCUCUAAAAUACUGAAAUUAAGGGGAAAUAUUCAAUUUGAGGGUUUUCCUUUUUUUGUUUUCUGCUUAAUUGUUUUUUAUUUCUUUGUUAAACAAAAGAUGUCUUAUUUUGGAAACUAUAUUGGAUAGAUUUUAUUUAAGGAAUCUCUUGUAAUUUUGUAAAGUGGGCCUUAUUAUUGAAAUAUAUUAAGUAUUUGCAAGAUAAUGUAUCUUCCUCAUUGUAAUUACACUCCUGGAGAGUACUUCUUCCUGUAUUUUGUGUUUGUUAUUUUAAUGCAAGACAUUUCUCACGACCUGGAGCUAUGAUGACACACCACGUUCAGAGAGAGAGAGAGAGAAGCCAGAGUUGUCCUAGUCAUUGAAGAAUGAGAGCCAUGUGCGUUUUAUCAGAGCUUAGCAGGUUCCCAACGCUGAGUGGUUCACCAUGUGUCGUCCCGUUGUUAUCGGGGACCAUUCUGUGCUCCGGCCUCUACGCUGCUCUGUUCUCCCUCGCUCAUAAAUUCAGGGUUCGUACAUCUUCUGUGCUGUAUUUGUAAGUGCUGCCAAAAAAGAAGCGUGCAGGCCCCAGAUAUAUAUAUAAACCCACACAUAUCAUCUGAUAGGAAUUUAAAAAGCAACAUAUAACUGGAUCUCAUCUCUCUUACACACAUACAUGCACAAAUACAAGAAUUUCAGGCCUGUACAAUCAACUGUUUGUAUUGCUGAGUGUUUGAGUUAAUUUUGUGUGCAGAAGAAGGAGACAGACAGAGGUGUCAAACACAAAACUAUAUGUAAUGAAAUCAGAUCAAAAGGGUUUUAUGAUUCAAUCUUGCUUCUCAGUUUGUCAGCAAUGCCAAGUGGACUGUGUGGGGAGGUUUUUUUCUGUUUUAGACUUAAUACAUUGUGCAUGUUUUAACCUUACUGUGGCUGGCGCACUCUGCAUGUAGGUCUCUUGAAGCUGCCAACUGUACAGCAGACCAUAUGUAUUCCAAUAAAAAUAAAAACCAACCUGUUUGUAACACGU